GGCGGGGGUGCACCCGGGGAUGGGGAGCGAAGCUCACCCUGAGAAGACAAGAGAGGGCACCCCGGAAGGGUAGGGGUUACAAGGUCGUAUCCCGGGAAGGGGACAUACCCGGCAGGUCCCAGACGCCCGCAGAAGCACGCCGGGAGCCGCCGGGCAGUCGCUUGCCCACCUGGGGGGGCCGGGAGCGGCCGGGGCACCCCCCACUCCGCCUCGUCUUUCUCUCCUCCCCUCCGCCGCCUCCUUCCCUCCCUCCCUGCCCGCCUGCCUGGGAUGGUGGAGGGAGUCGGGAGCACCCGGCAGGGCGGCCCUGGGCGCGGGGGGCGGCUCGCCCCAGCCCCGGCCGCGGCGCGGGGCGCGGUCCGCGGGGGGCUCCGCCGUCUCGGGGUCCCGCAGCCCCCGCCGCCGCCGCCGCGACUGCCGGUGAUGGCCAAGGAUGUCCUCGGAGGGGGAAGCCGAGGCGGCUGCUGAGAGCGGGCCGGGCAGCACCCCCGCGCCGGGGGCCGCCGCCGCCGAGCGGGAGGAGCAACGCCCUGUGAAACAGUCCCUGAGUGCUUGCAUGUGCCGAGAGUCCCACUGGAAAUGCCUCCUCCUCUCCAUCCUCAUGUAUGGCUGCCUGGGCGCAGUGGCCUGGUGUCAGCUGGCCAGAGUCACCAAGCUCAGUUUCGAUAGCUCCUUCAAGGGCAAGUCUAUGAUCUACCAUGACAGCCCAUGCUCAGACGGCUAUGUUUAUAUCCCGCUGGCCUUCCUCUCCAUGCUGUACGUGGUGUACCUGGUGGAGUGCUGGCACUGCCACGUCAAGAGGGAGCUGCAGUACAAGGCAGACGUGGACAGUGUGUAUGAGUGCAUCAACCGCAUGCAGCAAGCCACUCCCUGCAUCUGGUGGAAGGCCAUCAGCUACCACUUCGUACGGCGAACCCGGCAGGUGACCCGGUACCGCAAUGGUGAUGCCUACACCACCACACAGGUCUACCAUGAGAGGGUCAACACACACGUGGCUGAAGCUGAGUUUGACUACUCUCACUGUGGAUACAAGGACAUCUCCAAGGAGCUCCUGGGCUUGGAGAGCUAUACAGCCACCAAGCUGAGGUUCACCAAGUGCUUCAGCUUUGCCAACAUUGAGUCUGAGAACUCUUACCUGACUCAGAGAGCUCAUUUCUUCACAGAGAUCGAAGGGCUAGAUGACUACAUGGAGGUGAGGGAAGGCAUGCAGCUCAAAAAUGUGGAUUUUAAAGAGCUUAUGAUGGCCUACGGAGACCCGGAUCACCUCCCAUGGUACGUGUCCCAUUAUGCUUUCUGGGUGGCAGCUAUCCUGAUGAUCUCAUGGCCGCUCAGGGUGCUCAUAGAGUAUCGGACUGCUUAUGUCCAUUACCACGUGGAGAAGCUGCUGGGCCUGGAGUACACGGCGCCCGCGACAGCGGAGGAGCCCUUGUACCGGUACCGCAUGCCCCGGGACAGCACGCAGGACAGCACCGAGCUGGAGUGGCACAUCUGCACCAACCGGCAGCUGAUCCCCAGCUAUUCGGAGGCCAUGCUCAUGGACCUGGCCAACUCCCCGGCCUACAACAGCUACACGGUGUGUCGCUACGGCGAAACGGCCCACGGCUGUGAACGCUGCAACCGUGCCUCCAGCACCUCCUCCAUCUUCUCACGCCACGCUUUCCACAGCUGCAGCGGCAACUCCCGCCUCUCCCUCAACACCAGCCGCUUCUCCCUCUGCCGCAUCCAUGGCUCCCAUAGGACAGGCCUCUGGAGGAGCCACAGCAGCAGCAUUGCAGAACGGGGCUGCCAGGAUGAGCAGUGCUGCUCCUACUCCAGCCAGCUGGCUGUCAACGAGAACCCCCCCACCUACCACGAUGCCCGAUUCUUCCCUGUCCUGAUCGUGCACAGGCCAGAGGGGCAGGACAGGCGGCAUUUCUACAUCAGGCGUUCCUCCUGCCUAGAAACCUCUCUGUGACAGGCCUCCAUGGUUACUUGGCUCCUCUGCUCUGGGACAGGGAUUGCAGAGGUGACACCCGUGGGGAGCCUGCAAGAGUCAGUCUCUACGGCAGGUCAGCAGGACAAGUUUCAGCUCUUCCCCCUGCCAUUGCAAGAAGACAUAGAGACUCUGACCAACACCUAACCUCAUUUCCAAGAUUUUCUCCCCCUCCACCUGGUCUCCCAUGUCUUUCAUUCCCCAUUCCUUUCACUCUUUCACUCCUCACCCUUCCUCUGCUCAUUGAUUCCCUGCCUCUCCUCCCAUCCCACCCUCAUUCUUUUUUUUGCAUUUCAGUCACAGCAUUUGGUUGUUGUGGCUGCUGGAGGAUUUUAAAUGCUUGUUCUUUGCCAGUACAUUUGCCCUCCUGGAUGCUUUGCAAGGUAAGAACCAUAGAUAGAGCAAGGCACAAGGCACACAGCCAGCCAGAGUCAAGUCAGAAGGAGAAUUCAGAUCUGCAGGUGCUGAGUCACCUCCUGCAAACCCCAAAUGAGGUGUUUUUUUAAAAAUUGUAUUUUCCCCAAUCUUUUUUCCUCUUCUUUUAUCAUUCCUUCUGUCCUUUGUUCAUGUUCAUCUCCUUUCUCUUUACGCUCAUCUUCCCUUUUUUUCAGUUCUCUCACUUCUGCUUUACAGUUUUUCUGGGGUUUUGCCAGUGAGGCUAUCUUUUGGGGUGUAAUUAUCUUCCUUUGGGCAAAAGUAAGGUUUUCAUGGCACAAAUGUCACUGACUGCUCACACAGCCACAAAUGAAGCCCUUGAGAAGUGCUGAGGACUUUUUUUCGGGAGCAGUGAUGUCCACCAAUAUAGAAAAAUGCCCUUUACUCACACUGCCCUGCCUGGUCUGCAGCAGAGACGCUGCUGCAUUUCCAGCUGUAGUUUACCUUGUCCAGCUCCACCCCUGAUAGCAAUCGUCGAGAGCCAUAAUGUAGAUUAGUGCCCUGUUAAUGCCACUAUUUUUAGGACAGUAGGCCUGGUUUGUGGUUGUUUCAUUCCUUCGACUUGAGUGCAGCAGCACAGGCUUGACAAGGGGAGAGGGGCUGGAAAGGGAAAGGUAAAUAUGGUAUUAACCCUCCCACAGAGAGUCUGGAGCUGUUAGGAAGCUCUUCCACCCACAGUGUCUAUUACAGCAUUUGUAGGACUGCCUACAUUACCUUUCAGCUUUCUGUGUGCCCUGAGGAGAGCUUUUGGUCUGUAGCCCACUUCACCUUCCCAGGCGAGAUGUGGUGCCACCCCAGCCCAAGGCAGAGAGCACAGCUGGGAGCCAGCCCCACUGGCCACUCCUGCUGGGGCUCCAAGCUCUUCCUGCAAGGCUUCCCCUGGAGCAGGUGUAGCACCUUCCAGAAUUAGUGCCAGCCUCUCCAAAUGCUCAAGGUGUCUGGUCCUGACAGACCGUGACACUGCACUCUGGGCUGUGGGCUCUGUCCCCCUCCGAGAGCCAGGGGCUGGCCCAAGAACCUUGUGGCCACACUGAGGACCCACUAGGGACCUCACACCUUGCAAACCUCCGUCCCACAAGGGAUGGUUGUAUGCUGAGCAAGCUCCAUACCAUUUUGUCACAUGGCUAGUGGAGAUUAUUAUCCACUGUGACUCACAGCAGAAUGCAAUACGAUCGCAAUACAUACGGUCACUUUCAAAACCAGUGUUGUCUCACCCUACCUUACAAGUAGGUAAGAAACUGAGCCCCCAGAGGGGCUGGCAACAAGUGCUUCCUCCCAAGUCCAUUUUGUGUGUAUCAACAUGUAAUAUGAAAUUUGUAAAGUCAUAUUGAUAUGUGUAGAUUACGUGUAACUCUGCAUACUUAUAUGGUGAUUUCUUAUGGCAUUGACUGUUGCACCAUGUUAAAUACAUUUUGGUUUCGUUUGAUGACUCUGUUUUGAUGUGCUGUGUUUAUUUCAACUCCAGAAAUGGAAACAUUGGCAAUACAUGGUUAACCUGCUGCAAAUGAUGGCACCAUCAGAAAGGUUUUUAAAAUUCUUGUGAGUUGAUCUUUUUUAAUGUAAAUACUUCAUGUGUGAUUUAUGUGACAUUUUCACUCUGACAGCUUGGCAUUUAUCACAAAAGACAGAUAACACAUAUGAUGUGUUAGUUUAUCACCUCUAAAAAAAUAACCAUCCCAGACAUGUGGAGGAACAAUGUUUGGGCUUGGGGUGAUGAUUAUGAUUGAGCUGGGACCAAACUGGAUAACCUUGAAACUUAGAGAAAAAUCCAAAUUUAGAUCCACCAAUGUGACCUAAUCCUAGUUUCCCUCAUCUACACCAUGCCACCUGCCACACCUAGACAGAGCUGGGAGAGUUUGGGAACUAGGAGAGGAUCAGGCCAGAACUCAAAGCUCAGACUCACACCUGAUAUCCUGGUAUUCUGAAGACAAAGUAAAUGCAGGUCUUUAAUAGAGUUCCCUGUCCUUCUCUGAAUUCACAUGGAAAGUUAAAACCAGCACAUAUGAAAGAUGUAAGAACUGGACAAGGCUGAAAUAGAGAGGCUGGAAUAUUUCAACACAGUUUACUACUGAAGAAGGUGGUUGAGAGGAAGAGAAGAAAGGAGAAGGGAAGAGAUGGUAGAAUAAUAUAAAUGCAAAGAGAACAGAGUUCAGCUGUAGCUAAGAGAAUUCCCAAAUGAGCAGCAUAACUCAGUUAUGGUAAGCUUAGCCCAGACACAGACAGGAUGAGUUUCAGCCUUCUUGUGAGCUGCUGUUGCUGCUGCAGCCACACGUGGCUUUAAAUACAAUAUGCAAGGUCUUGGGAUGGCCAGUUUUGUCCCACGUGUAUGCCAAGAUGGAGAGUUAUAUUUGGGUCCUCAGAAGUGGCCACGUUAAACACUAUUAUUAUCUGUCAUGACCAAUCCAUUAUGAUGGGUUGGGCAGAGAAUGGAGACAGUUUAUUCUCAGUUUAGUCCUUUUCAGUAACCAGAAAAGCCAUUGCAUUAUCCAGUAGCUCUCAAGCUGUGUCCUUGGCAAAUUUUGGGAAGUCUUCAGGGUCUGUGCUUCCUCAGUCACUGUAUUCUGGGCCAACUUUGGGGCAUUAAUUUGAGAAGCCAUCCCUAACCUGCAAAAGCCCUAACACUCAUGGAGCUUCCUCCCAUCACUUGCUGUAGCCUUUGGUGGUGACAAAAAGCUGGGAGCAGCUCUUGUUCUACUCUGGGACUAAAUAUGCUGGCUUCAACAGAUCUCCCAUUCAGGAAGCACCUGAUUAGCCGUCCUGGGUCUACUACACUGUAGAGCAGAGCUACUCCUGUACCCCUGAAACCCUUGAAUGCCACUUCAUCCUUGUUCUUGCCUUUGUCAUGGCUUCCUGAUGCAGGAUGAGGAUCUGCCCCCUAGCAAUGGAGGGUUAAUGCUGCUUUUCAAAUCCCACCUCAGAGGUUGGAGUGGACAAGUUCUUGAAUCCCAGUGCAAACCAGGCAGCUGUAUAGAAAACGCCUUGUACAAAACACAAGGAUUUUCUAUCCAGUUGCAGACUUACUACUUUGACAAUGGAGCAGUGAUAUGUGCCAGCAGCUUUUGUUGAACUUUUAGGGCUAUGGCUUCUCAUGUGGAAAUGGGGGGAGGGGGGGGAGGGGGGGGUUCUUUCUUACCGGGAUAACCUGGUUCCAGAUGUCCUGUUGGGUCUCAAUAGUUAGAAGAGGCUGAAUAGUAGAAGAAGGUGAGGAAAUCCGGCAAAUACUUCUCUUCCUUCUGCCUUCUCACUUUCCCCUCCCUCCCUUUUGUCCUUUUUUUCUCUUUUUCUUUAUCUUCAGAAGUCUCCCAGCACAGGGCAUUCACCUCUGGAUUAUUGUAUAAUAAUAAUAGGUAUUCAGGCAUUUUCUAGAAUAUACCUAAACUUGCCAGCGUGUCUGGUGAGAUGUGGCAAAACACUAUUGCAGCAGAAGUAAGGGAAGAAUGUAAUCCAGAGAGCCAACAGCUGUGUCCUGUGUGUGUGAACAGUGAACGCUGUCACUGAUGUUACAGCCUGAAGAAUAAAGCCGUGGUGCUAAUUCAGUGCCACAAGAGGCCAAGAGAGUUUAUUUGUCUCCAAUUCCUAAAAACAUUUAAGAUUCACCAGUUCCUUUGCUUUCUGCAUGGUGAUAGUGCACUCCUCUGUAAGUUUUCCCACUGCAGUUUACACUUCAACUGGCAGCGUGUGCAGAAUUUCAGUCCAAUUUUCAUAUGGCUCUUCCUGCCUAUCACUGUUAACACAAAGACCUUCUCAGAACAGCUGAAUUCAGAUCCCUUGAUGGGGAAAAUCCCCCUUGGUCUACUGCUUUCAGCAAAGCUUUGCUCUCUUACACCAGCCCUGAAUCUGGCCUGUGCCAUGCUACAACUGGAGCACUUCCUGAGCCCAUGGGACCAGUGUAGUGUAAGCCUCUGUAAUUGUAGGGCUGGAAGAAAUCCUUAGAAGGAAAACACCAUAGAAACAUGCCAUUAUUCUAAUGGUCUUGUUUGUUUUUGUUUUUUUUCUCAUGAGAUGACUAAGAUCUGCAAAAGUAGCUACCUUCUGGAGGGUGCUGUUGCCCUAAGUGCAGAAACACACCAUGUAGCUGGAUGGAUACCUGGGGGAGAGGCAGCAGCGACAGCAAGUGUGCAUGAAGCUUUUAGCAAGCACCAGCACAGAACCUCUCAGCCCAAGAGCUGCAAUGAUUCCGGCGAUUUCCUGUCCCCAAGUGCAACUAGACUUCCCACAAGCACUCGAAUGGAUGGCUUUGUCAGUGUCUCCUCCCAGCUACCUCAUUGCAGCAGGAGGCACUGGGGAGGGAGUGACAUUUCCAUUCCAGUAAUGAAAUCUUCUUGGCAUUGCUCCAGUCCCCUAGGAAUUCCUAUCAGAAAUGCAAAUUACUUGGGAGGGGGAGUGAAGAUUAGAGUUUGGAAUGGAAUUAUAUGAGCUAGUUGUGCCUCAGUUUCUCCUUUCCCCUCCUGGGGAUAAUGCAGUUUCCCUGCACUCCUCCGUUUAGCCAGGUUUACAGAGUGUUGCAGGAGCUGCUGGGCAAGUGCUGCACGCUGAUGGCUGUGGCAGAGCUAAGAGCUGCAUCGUGUUGUAAUGAUAUUGCUCCUUAUGGCGCCUUUUAACCCAGAUUCUCACCGUAACUCCUACGGAAAGGCAGCGCCAGAUUUUUUUUAAAACUCUUUGUAAGUGACUUUUUCCACACCGUUCUACUAACCCUGUGGCAGCAGAGAUGUCCCUCCUAAACUCUCUCCCUACUUUUCCGCCCGCGGAAAAAUGGUCAAGGCCGAGCCGAUCCUGCUUGAAGGGCACGGGUGGAUCUCCUCACCUUGCCGGUGCUCCUCCACAGCUCAGCUGCCGGGAUGGGAUGGGGUGACCGACAUCUACGGAGCACGGGGCCGAACGGUGAGGAGAACGUGGACGAAGCAAGGAGCUGGAGAGGGCCGGCCGAGGGAGAUGGGGCUGGAGGUGCUGUGUGCAUGAGGCAGGGCUCUGCUCAUCCCGGCAGAGCCUCGGCUUGGGGGGGCUGAGUCGCGGUGGUGGCCCCAAGUCCUCCUCCCCUGGAGGGCUGGAUGGUGCGCUGGGGCUCCCGAAGGGCCACAUCUAGGUAGGGGGAUGGCCGGUGCCCCGGCAGCUUCCGAGGAUGUGGGUCACCCGCUCCCGGCGCUCUGGAAACCAGGCCGCUCGGCGGAGCAGCCCUCGGGGGGCGCCGCCUACACACACCUCCCCGACCGCUGCCGCUGCCGCCCUGCCCCGCCCCGUCCCGUCCCGUCCCGU